AUGCAAAGUCCGUCACUACCAUUUUACCACACUGAUUCAAAGAUAUUGUGGUUGAAUCCUUUCUCAACGGCGGCGGAGGUGAAACCUGGGUAUCACAAGGAAAAAAAUGGUCUUCCUCGAACAUCAUCGAUGGGGGCUGGAGUGGCUGGUGGGUUCAAAUAUUUUGGAUGA